GCUCACUGCUUUGUAGAGUGUAGACGACGGUUGACGGUUGCAGGAAAGUUAGUUCGUAUCGUAGUUCAGUGCAGUGCUUUGUGUGCGUUGUUCAUAGUUUUAUUUAGUGAGAGUGAAGCAUGGCGUCAUGUCAACGAUAGCAAGAUGGCACUCAUUGCGCAAGUGUUAUUAUUGUUUUUGACAGUUGUCGCGGGGGGCAAUAUCCCAGCUGUGCCUUCCGUUCGUCCAGUGCGGGUCCAAAAAUGCUGUCCGCAAACGGACCUUAUGAUGGAGGGCCGCUGCAAAAACGCAACCGAAUUCCAAACAUCGUCGUGGAAGCCGUUGUUUCACAGCUUCCAAGGCAAACCCAACUUCCAUGUGCCGAACUUUGUGGUGAGGGUGGGAAUCCCUCACUGUGGACCGCGACAACACUUCUCCAUCUACCACUAUGAGUCAUCGCACGACCGUCUGGCCCUUCUGCCCGAUGGCAGGCUCCGUCACUACUACCUCCAGGACUACCGAUCCCCCGACAGUGGUUGGGAAGGCGACGACUUCCAACUCGACCACAACAAUUUCUACGACUAUGAUCAUGGAUUGUUCUGCAUGGAUAAGGCUCUCUACAAAACAGACGAAAAUACGAUGAAACAAGCCAACUAUGCGAUUGUUUGCAAUCCAGAAGUGCCUACUCCAUGGCAGAGCACCGAUUUUCUGCUCAGGAGAAUUAUUGACCCGGCAUGUCAUGGUGUAGCCUUGUCCUGCUACCUGGCAGUGGCAAUCAUACACUUUGUAUUGCAACAACUCAGAGAUCUGGUCGGCAAUAUUAUAACGACAUUGGCUCUGAGUCUUGCCGUUGCUCAGGUAGCCGAUACUGUUCGAAUUUUCACUGAGUUCACUAGUCCUACAACUUUCUUAAUAGCUGAUUGUGUACUGUUUGUCAGUAUAUUGGGUGCUUUCUUCUGGCUGAACAGUCUAGGGUACUACAUAUGGAAAACAUUCAGGUCACGAAAUGUUUUCUUGAGAAUCACCGAUGGGCGAAAAUAUUGCUAUUACUCGUUCUACGUUUGGAGCUGUACGAUUGGAAUGGCUGUGUUUGCAAUAUUCGCUCAUUUUACACUUGAUACCACAAAUCCAACAAAAGCUCCGUCGCCCAUAGCACAGGGCGCUCUAGGAUGGCUGGGAACUGCAGUGUUUUUCACACCGAUUGCAUUUACUAUACUAGUCAAUAUAUUUUUCUAUGCUAGCACAAUGCAAAUUAUUUCAAGAAUGUCAACGUACGGCAGAAUUCAUCAUAAAUUGAAAUACAGUUUCGAAACGUUCGUGAAAAUACUUGUUGUGAUGGUAUUCUGCUGGUUUUUCCUGCUGAUGUCGUGGCUGCCCUACAACGGAAUGUACUACGCGUACAUACUGACCAACGCCAUACAGGGACCGGCCAUCCUCUACAUCAGUGUACUCAGCCAGAAGCGAGUCAGAUAUCUACUGCGGAAGGCUUGCUGCUAUGAGACGUGCAUCUUCCCCUGCUGCCGGCCCGACGAGAAUGAGGGACCCGAGUGGGGCGAGGAGAUGAUGGCCAUGAAUCAGUGAAUGGUUUAUGACUCAAUGAAUGACCAUGUCAUGAACUGAGGGUUCAAGUAUCAGGUGCUAAUCUCUACACUAAGAGCCGAUUGGAACAAUAUCUAUCAAAAAAGAAUAAGAAAUUGAACUAUAACAUUCAUCAAUAUUAAAACUUGCAGGUUAAUUUUUACUAAAACCUAAACGAUAUUUGGGGAAAUGUAUUUGAUUUAAAAAAAUAAUUAUUUAAGCUCCGAUAUUAACCCGACUUAUUAGAGUACCGGUAAUUAAAAUCUUUAUUGUCUAGUACUUUCAAUAAUUGAUGAAUGUGCAGUGAAUGUUAUACGAUCAAUUAAUAAGAUGUGCCUUUGUAUAAAUACAUUGAUUAAAUAGCAGAUAGGGGAAUUAGUUCAGCUUGAAUAUUGAUGUGAUUUUUAUAUGCGAAGCUUUUAUACUCAUUAUUAAUAUCGUUUCUAGGAUAUGAAUUAAUCUAACAAAGCCAAAUACUGCACAUUAAAAAGGUCAGAGAACACACAUUACUAAAACAUGUGAGCUAUUUUUAUUUAAUCAUAAGUGUUUGGAGCAAUCUAUUUCCUUUCGUUCAGAGAAGAUUAUAUGCAUGAUUAUUAUUAUAUCCAUGUUUCAUCUGCAUAGCGAACAGUUAAAUUCAAUUUUUCAGUUGAAGUAAACUGUACAUUCUCCAAACGCUUGAAAUUUUUCCUUUGAUGGAAGUACUUCCAUCUUGGCCAAUUUUAUACCUAUCAAUGUAAAGAACAUCAAUAUAUUUUUAUCUAGAAUAAUUUCUCUCUUAGACAAUAUUAUUUAUUUGUAGAUAUUAAUUUAGUUUUAGAUAGGGUUUUCAAUUUUUGUGAACAAUAUUGCUCGAAAUACUUUCAAAGGGACGAAAGUCUUCCAGAUUUUGUAUAUUUUAUUAAUUUUUGAGCUUCUCAUUGCCUUUUACAGCCUGCCUAUAUAAGUCGCCAGGUGAUUAAAAUCAAGUAGCAAUUCGCACAAUUUAAUAGCUAAGAUAAAAAUUUGAUAGCGAAAACUGACCUCCAAUUGACAUAAAUGUGAAUUAAGGUCUUUCCAAUGUGCAUUUGAAAAGUCUAGUAAAUCGUGAUAUUUGUACUUAGAUAUACGGCAUUUCAAAGUUAAUAUAAGAAUGUUUUACAAAUUUUCAAUGUUAAAAGUUUUAUGAACGUUUGGUAUUUUUUGUAUACAAUUUAAGAAAUCAUAGAAUAAGUAAGGUCUGUUAGGAAUAUUGUUGGAUAAAAAUAAUUUUGUACAUUAAAUUGACUUACGAUUUUAA